AUGGCCCUGUCCCCGGUGACCGCUAUAGUGAGCGCCUCCCUGGUGCUCUUCUUGCUCUACAAGUACAUCUUGCAUCCGGUCUUUCUGUCUUCAUUGUCGAAAAUCCCGAAUGCCCAUUGGACAGCCCCGGUUUCCCCGUUAUGGAUGCUGUGGAAACGAUUCCAAAGCGAAAACAACCGGACGAUCCAUGCGGCCCAUGAGAGGCUAGGGCCGAUUGUGAGGCUGACCCCCUCGGAGAUAUCGAUCAACUGUGUGGAGGACGGCAUCAAGACCGUCUACUCGGGCGGGUUUGAAAAACAUGAAUGGUAUCCGCGGGUCUUUGGAUCCCUGGGAACAGUCAGCAUGUUCACCAUGACUGGAAGCAAGGUUCAUUCGACUCGAAAGAGGAUGUUGUCGAAUAUCUAUAGCAAGUCGUACUUGCAGUCAUCGCCUCACAUGCGUCUGAUUUCCGAAACCAUCAUCUUUGACAGAUUCCUGCCCAUGAUCCAGGAAGCUGUGGCGGCCAAGACUCCCAUUGAAAUGUACGAUCUCAAUCAGGGCGUCACGAUGGAUUUCGUGUCGGCAUAUCUAUUUGGCUUGGCCAACGGGACCAACUUCCUUCAGGAUCCAGCUUAUCGGAAAAACCUACUGUCACUCUAUCACUCCAGAAAGAAGUUCGAGUUUUAUCACCAAGAAGUUCCAAACACCUUGUCCUGGCUCAAGUUUUUCGGGAUCCGUUUGAUCCCCUCAUGGUGCGACGAAGCCAAUGAGGUACUCGAUACAUGGUGCCUAGGAAUGUGUGACAAGGCAGAGCAAAAUCUGGAAUUGACCGAUCUGAACAUUGAGCCUGUCGUGUACAAGCAUCUCAAGCAGGCAAUGGCGAAACAAUCCUCCGGCACAAAGAGAAAUCAGGAGAGUCUCGAGCAGGAGCGAAUUGAUAUCGCUUGUGAACUAUAUGAUCAACUCACGGCCGGAUUCGAGACGAGCGCCGUUGCGCUAACCUAUCUCCUAUGGGAACUCUCCCAGCAUUCCGAGUUGCAGCGAGAACUGCGCGAAGAACUUCUUACCCUAGAACCGAGAAUCCAGUAUCCUCGACCCUCGACCUCCGCCGGACUGCCAUCGGCCAAGUCCGUUGACUCUUUGCCUCUCCUGGAAGCCAUCGUCACGGAGACCUUGCGCCUUCAUGCCCCCAUUCCCGGAAUCCAACCGCGAGUGACUCCGUCACCAUCUUGUAGUCUGGCCGGGUAUGAAGAUAUCCCCGCCAACACGCGAGUGAACGCGCAAGCUUAUUCGCUCCAUCGCAACGCGGAGGUAUUCCCGGCUCCCGAAACCUGGCAGCCUAAACGGUGGCUCAAGAGCAGCAACUCAUCCUCCGACAUCGAGGAAAUGAAGCGUUGGUUCUGGGCAUUUGGCAGUGGCGGCCGAAUGUGCGUGGGGAGUAAUUUGGCCCUGCAAGAAAUUAAACAUGUAGUUGCCGCGAUUUACACCAACUACAAGACCAGCAUCGUCGACGACGACAAUAUCGAAGCAAUCGAUGCUUAUACGGUCAAGCCUCGAGGGGAGAAGUUAGUGUUGAAUUUUGAAACCGCCUAG